GAAGAAAAAAAAAAGUGAGGAAGAGGAAGGAAGACUGAAACAUAAAGCGGCAUUUGCUUCUUUCUGAAACAUCGUCUGUACAGGUUUGGCAGGACAUCAAAAUGGCUCUGUGGAGCAGCCGCGUCUUUGCAUGGAUGCUUCUCUGUGUGGUUUUCUUCUCAAACGCUCGUUCUGCAACUAUUCCUGAUGACCAGAACCUCAGAGGUUCCCAGAGGCAUCUUCUGGUGGAAACAGACGAGGAAACAUCCGCUAGCUCCAAUGUCACAAUGGCCACAAACCGGAGCCACACAUCCAUACGGUGGUCCUAUCUGGCAGCGGGACUUGGUACCGUCAUCUCACUCUCGCUCUUUGUCGUGCUGGCGGUGAAGUUUCAGCUCUUCCACCGCUUUCUGGCCAGCUACAGGCACUCCCUGCUCCAAGAGACCGACGGGGUCAGCCAGUACGGCCAGGAGGACACCUCGUACCCAAACGUGUCAGGCCAAAUGGGAGUGAUGGGAGGCACUGGGAGGGGAGUGGAGGAGGACGACGACGGCUUCAUCGAGGACAACUACAUCCCGACUAGUGAGAAGGACAGGGUGGAGAGAGAACGCAGGGAGGACAAAAUGGAGGAGUUGGAAGACAAUGCUGAUGAUGAUCUGAUCUUCAGCAUUGGGUGAUUAUAGACAGAAUUGUAGAAAAACUACUGCUUCAUAACUCUGAUUAAUAUUUUCUUAGGAGCCAUUGCAAAGAAUUUUUUCAUAUUUGUGUUUCUGCCCAUUUUAUGAUUGUUUGCAGCCCAUGAGAUUCUCAUUUGGUCCUUGACCUUACCCAGUCUGAAACAAGCACCUCAUAAAAGCUGCUGUAUGUAACUUUUCUAAGAAUUAUUAUUAUUUUUUUUUAAUUUAGUAGUACAGUUUAGUAUGAAACAGAUAAUCUGAAGAUGAUCAAAUUCCUCUGCCUUCUCCCAGUGCUAACUCCAGAAAUACACCACUCAGACAUACAAGCAAUCAGAGAAGUCUUUAUUUCCCAGACCAAAAGUAGUCUGUAUCAUUUAAAAUUUUUUUUGGAAAAAUUAUCAAAUGAAAAUCACAGAUGCAUCCAUCACAAAACAAACAGUUAUUCAAUUAUUUAACCCUCCCGUGGUCUUAGCGCAGAGCUCAGGAUAAGCGCGGCAGAUGUCAAAGUUGGACAGAGGGGAAGUGGGAAGGUUAUCCUGUGAGACCGUCAGGUCCCAAAACCACACACACAAAAGCAACCUUAUAGAAGCGCAUGCAGGGUCAGUGAAAACCUCCUGGAUCGCGCAGAGUAUAAAGCUGGUGGGGUCCAAAUGACAUCGUCUCUUAAAACCGCUGGAGGGUUGAAAAAGCUGAUCGAGUUGAUCGACACAUUCAAACAACACCAAAAUGUUUACUUGUAGUAGCCAGGAAGAGGGUCUUUCCGCUGUCAGUCAUGCUUGUGUACGUGCUUGCCAUCACCAAAGCCUUUCAUGAAUGCUAAGGCUAUUUAGCAUGGCCACUGAUGAAAGCAGAUAAAAAGAUGUACUGGAAUGCUAAGUUGUCUCUCUGCCAUUGGCACAGUUAGCAGCACAUACACAGGAUUGAUUGAUAUCACCAAGACCCUCCUCUGAUUUUCAAUUCCUAUUUUGUACCUGAAGCGGAUUAUUUCUGCAAUAGCGCACAGAGAAGGUGAAGGAAUUUGAUCUUUCGAGAAAUUAUUUGGCUCGUCACACACGGUCAGUGCAUGGUGACGGUUUGAACAAAUAUGUGAAAAACAUAUUUUUACUGCUGCUUUAAAACAAUUCAGUGACGUUACAGCACACUGCAGAAAACCAGUCUCAAACACUUCACCGCACUGGGAAGGGCAGUUUUGUUUUUUUAUGACAAACGACUGGCAUGUUUACCUGAAGGUCCAGUAAUAAAGUCGAUGAGCUCGCAGUUGUUCCUGCACGCACUCUGACCUCCGAUUGCAGUUUUUGAAAAUGUUUCAGUUAAAAUUAUUUUAUUCACAUUAUAUGUUCUGUUUUAUGUAGACCUUGAAGAUCACACACAAAAAAAUCUCCAUUAUAUUCAGCACAAACACUUUAAAACAUUUUAAUGUUUAAGAAGAAAGUACGUCUCUGGGUUUCAGAUAUUGGGACAUUGUGAAAAAUAAUCUGUUCUUGUCCUACUUAUUUGGAUCUAAACUCAAAUGUACAAAAACAUAAAGUGAAUCCUGAACUGUUAUUGUGUUGUGAUUAAAACCAGAGAAUCAAAGCUCUACUGUAUCAUUUAGCGGCUGGAAUGAA